UCUUGUGGUGGCCGGAGCUGAUGGCCGAACACGCCGAAAUGUUUCUGUCACUGUACAGAGCCAACAUGGAUGCUGCGCUUCAGGUCCAGCCUGUCGACUCAUGGGACAGUUUCCCACUUUUUCAGCUUCUCAACAACUUCCUGCGAACUGACUCUCACCUUUGUAAUGGAACGUUCCAUAAACACCUGCAGGACCUGUUCGUCCCCCUAGUGGUGCGCUACAUCGACCUGAUGGAGUCGUCCAUCGCACAGUCCAUCCACCGUGGUUUUGAGCAGGAAACCUGGCAGUCUGUCAAGUCGCUAACAAACAAUCUAGCAAGCGUUCCUCUCCCAAAAGUCCCCAGUCUUCCACUGACGCUGCCACAAAUGCCCAGUUUUUCAGCACCUGCCUGGAUGGGACCGCUGUGUGAGAACACCUUGCAAGGAAUUAAUCUGCCCAACAUCUUUAAUGGCUCAGCGACCUCAGAAGAUUUGUUCUGGAAGCUGGACGCUCUGCAGAUGUUCGUGCUUGACCUCCACUGGCCGGAGCCCGAGUUUGCCAAACAUCUGGAGCAGAGACUAAAACUGAUGGCCAGUGAUAUGAUGGAGGCCUGUGUCAAGAGAACAAAAUCUGCGUUUGAUGCCAAGAUGCAGAAAGCGAGUAAAUCGACAGACUUCCGGGUGCCACUUUCAGUCUGCACCAUGUUCAACGUGCUGAUGGACGCUAAGAAGCAGUGCUCCAAACUCUGCGUGCUGGACACGGGUCAGGAGUCAGCAAACAGGGAGUUCAGGUGGAUUUGUGUUCACUUGAAACAGCCAGACGCUCAACUCGAGCUGUUAAAUGGAUGACCAUGAUGCCUGUGUGAGGCAGCAGCCUUGGCUUCGCUGAGAGCAAAACCCUUGGCCGCCAGCAGUCUUGACAGAGAGUUAAGCUCGCUGUUCUCUUAACCUUCAGCUUCCUCUCCUCUCCAGUUUCCACAAGCUGCUGCCACCGGCGCUCGUAUACACCAUCUGUCCGUUUAUUCCUUUCCGACACGCAUCGAAUAAGUGCCUGCAGAAAGACCCACGCUAUUAUACCCGACCAAGUGUAUGCACAUAAACAGCAUCUGCAUACAGACAUUUUACAGUUUUUAUUUCAUGUUUUUUGGUUUUUUUCUUAUCACGUGAGGCAAAAGGCAAACAGGCAAGAAUGAAAAGCGAGAGAAAAACAUCAAAUGAAGGAGGUCACAGGUUGCCGUGCACCAAACUCAUACAAAAAAGGAUUAGAUUAAUCAUUAAUCUAAAUUAUACAUGUUCAGGUCCCACGCCUUCUCCUUACACUAAUAAUU